UGGUGCAGAAACCUCGGCAACAAUCGCAAACGGAAGGCUUCAUACGGACGAUACAUCCUCUUCCGUCGGAAGAGGCUCGACGUUAUCCUGUUGGAUGUGCUUCGAGUGAAAUACCUGCAUUCCCAAAAUAUUCAUCAUGUCAGCCGGACCGUAUAACUACUCUUACAUAUUCAAAUAUAUCAUCAUCGGUGAUAUGGGAGUGGGAAAAAGCUGCCUACUGCAUCAGUUCACUGAAAAGAAGUUUAUGGCAAGUUGUCCACAUACGAUCGGAGUCGAGUUCGGGACGCGCAUCAUCGAAGUCGAUAAGCAGAAGAUCAAGUUGCAAAUAUGGGAUACGGCCGGACAGGAACGGUUCCGAGCGGUCACGCGUUCGUAUUACCGCGGUGCAGCCGGAGCUCUAAUGGUGUACGACAUCACUAGACGUUCAACCUACAACCAUUUGUCGAGUUGGCUGGCGGACACUCGCAAUCUAACGAACCCAAGCACUGUGAUAUUUUUGAUCGGCAACAAGUCGGAUUUGGAGAGCACUCGCGAAGUAACAUAUGAAGAAGCUAAAAGCCUCGCUGAAGAACACGGGCUACUGUUUGCAGAAGCUAGUGCAAUGACCGGUCAAAAUGUCGAGGAAGCAUUUUUAGAAACAGCCCGAGAGAUCUAUCAAAGUAUCAAGGAGGGUCGGCUGGAUUUGAACUCAUCCGAAACCGGCGUACAGCAUAAGCCAGCUCAACCCGGCCGGACAACGCUUAGCAGUGACGCGCAAACGAACAAGGAAAACUGUUCCUGCUAGACACUAUUCCAAUGGCGACCAGCAAUUGAUUAAACAUAUGGUAUGAUGCAUCUAGUAUUCCAAAAUCCAGCUUUCGGGAAUCGUAAAAUGCAAAAAAAUGAAUCGAAACUAGAAGUUGCGGUUUUAUUUUUUAUGUAUGCUGGAAAAUUGAGGCUUUUGAUAACAAAAGUAACCUUACGCCAAACAUAGUUUGAAACAAACUAAGUAAAUUCGACAGCAGUAGGUCGUCUAGAUUGCAAAGAUUCCAGCCGGAGAAAGUGAUUGGAUUGAUGGUCAAACGCCAACGUCCUAUUUUCUGUUGAUAUUUUCUAACAUUCGAAUAAGGAUGUUAAAAACAUAGGAAAAAUUCACGAUUUUCAUUUGUUAGGUAAUAAUUUGCUAUUAAUUGGAGAAAGCGCCGAUGGAAUGAUGGGCAUCGUCAGUUAAGGGAAGUUCAUUGGCGCGAAAUUCGACGAUCAGGCACUUAUUUUAGGUGGAAAAUAUAGUAAGAAGGGAACUUACUUACUUUCCAGCAAUAAUGUUUUAUUUUUAUUACACGUUUUGUUAUAUGUUCCCUAUAUACAACUCGCCACGGUGGAGAAGGAGAAGAAUCUGUUUAUUCAAAACAACAUAACCAUGCAUUGUAAUGUGAAUGAGGAAAUACCAACGCGGAUGUUAUUAACAAUGUCAUGUCCUUUUUAUUGGUGAAAGCAUAGAUAGUAGGGAAUUGAUUUCUUUUCUAUACAUUAUUUCGAGGAAUUAAAUGCAAGUAUAUCUAUGUUGUAUCUUUUUACGGUACAUCACUUAGUAACCAUUGAAGUGUAUGGUCGCGUGGAAAUAAAACAAAGUAAAAUUGCACCAAAACGUGCAACUGAGGAAUAUUGAAGCGUUGAUAAGAUAGAACAGCAUAUAUAAAUGUAUAUCGCUAACAGUUUCUACCGUGUGUUAGAAUUUUCAUACGAUCAGAAAACAGCGAAUUCUCAAAAUUUUUGAGUACAAAUAUGAACAAACUUAUCGUACAUACGAGUUCCCCGAAGGUGAAAUAGUAAAAAAUUGCAUCUAAACAGUUUUCAAACGAAAGAAUAAAUUGCGAUACUAUCUAUAACCCCCGAAAGGAAUUUUUGAGUGAUUGUUUCCCUAAUCCAGAAAUAGUUGUUCUCAUUUCUAUCUACUUAACUGGCCUGCCAUCAAGCCCAUUUGAACGUAAAUAUUAAAAAAAAACAAAAUAUUUAAAAAUGUUAAUCGUAAGCGUUUUGAAUUAUUAGACCCCAUAAAGAUGGAUAACUGCGUAACAGAAACAGGAAAACAUUUUAAAUUUUGGGUUUAACAACCGAAUGGACCUUAACUUCUUUGCAUGGAUGAUGGUUCAAAAAUUCAGAUAAACGUAGAAGGAACAGAAGUUCAUCGUAAAGAGGUUGCAUCUAAUUAUUCAAUUUCCAAUUGUAAUUAUUAGAUGGAAAGUAGUGUAGCCCGAUCUGUGGCUUAUUUAAAAUUGACCGAAAAUUUAUUGUAAUGGAACAGCAAAAGACAAAAUAAUUAUCACCACCUUUUAGACCAUAGAAGAACGUAGACAGAAUAGGCAUAGAUAUGAACGAUAAUACAACGGAUGUGUAAUUCUGUGCUGUUCACUUGCCGAGUAAUACAGAAAGUACUAUCGUUGGUUGUUGGAAAUACUAUCGUUGGUUGUUUUUAUGGUUUUUUUCAAUAUCUGCGGAAAGAAAUAAUUUGGUGCUGUAUGUAACAUUUUCGUUAGGGAUUCAUUAAAUUUUUCGUACUCAUUUUACUUUUUAGAAAUAAUGUUUAUUGCAAUUCUU